ACAUUUCAAACACUCCUCCAUUUCUUUUCUUAGAAAUAAAAAAAAAAACAUACAAAAGAAGAAGAAGAAGAUAUUCCACUCUUCCUUGCUGUUCUCAACUUCUUUGAAGAACUGGAAUGGAGGCCUCUGAACUUCCUCCUGGUUUUAGGUUCCACCCAACCGAUGAGGAACUGAUCAUGUAUUACCUUCGUAACCAAGCAACAUCAAGGCCAUGCCCUGUAUCAAUGAUACCGGAGGUUGAUAUUUACAAAUUUGAUCCAUGGCAAUUGCCCGAAAAAUCAGGAUUUGGAGAGAAGGAAUGGUACUUCUUUAGCCCGCGGGAUCGGAAAUAUCCAAAUGGGGUCCGGCCCAACAGAGCAGCGGUGUCCGGGUACUGGAAAGCCACCGGCACGGACAAGGCUAUCUACAGUGGGUCUAAGUACGUCGGGGUGAAGAAAGCUCUCGUGUUUUACACGGGUAGGCCGCCGAAGGGCGUGAAGACAGAUUGGAUUAUGCACGAAUAUCGCUUGUGCGAUUCACGUAAACAACCCAGCAAGCAUAUGGGAUCCAUGAGAUUGGAUGAUUGGGUCCUGUGCAGGAUCUAUAAGAAGAAGCCUAUGGCUAAGUCUUUGGAGCAAAAAGAGGAAGACUCCCUGUCUCUGCCUGCUCAAAUUGAUCCUAGAGAGCAGGAACACAUGUCAAAAUUUCCAAGGACCUGUUCCAUUACUCAACUAUUGGAUAUGGACUACUUGGGCCCAAUCUCCCAACUUUUAUGUGACAAUUCGUACAACUCAACCUUUGAUUUCCAAAACACCAUUGGCAGUGAAGACAAACCCAAGCUAGGGGAAAUGCCUUACCAAUAUAUGAUGGAUUCAGGGAAGUUUCAAGUGAAUCAGGGUAGCAUCCUGAGCCAGCCCAUAUUCUUGAAUCCGGUGUAUGAUAUGCCUGGAUUUGACCGCUAAAAAAAAAAAAAAAAAAAAAAAAAAAAAAAAAAAAAAACUGGUCUGGUUACAUAUUUAUAACGGGCAUCAACCAUUGAGAAAUUGUCUCCAAGAUAUCUUUAAGUUAUUUGAUUCCCAAUCGGGUAGCAUAUAAUGUCAAUCUUGUCCAUAAAUGAUAAAUAUGAGUUUCACAAGUUUGGGUGGCCGCAAA